GCGGAAAAACACCAUUUUCAAUUUUCUAAUCUGUAGCAGUUACAUAAUCAUCCGAGUGCUUCUUCCUCCACACACACACACACACACACACACACACACACACAGUCUGUGUGAUUGCGCAAUUGGCAGUGAACAUGUCAGAGGAAAGUCUGGAAACGGUAUCUCCGUUCACGGCUCCUCCGCCGCCGGUGCAGCAGAGGCCUACGUGUAAAGCCGCUGUCCGAGCCGACCGCGGCGGCCCUUACAUCAUUCUCCGUCAACCUAAUGGCUACUCCGCCGAGAUUCUGAUUUAUGGAGCUCAAGUAAUAUCGUGGAAGAAUGAACGCCAACAAGAGUUGCUUUUUCUCAGUAAAAAGGCCGUUUACAGACCUCCACACCCGAUUCGUGGAGGCAUCCCAAUUUGCUUCCCAAAGUUUUUCGGCAAAGAAAACAUGGAUAAGCAUGGAUUUGCCAGAAUCAGAUUAUGGCAAACCGAGACUUUGGCAGAUGAUGCAGUUUUUCCCCUUCCAACACCCGAUAAUGCGUACGUUGAUUUCGUUCUCAAUCAUAUGCCCCGCGACUUCCCAGACUGGCCUAAUCAUAGAUUUGAACUCCGUUUACGUGUUAUCCUGGGACCCACCGGAGAUCUGACUAUGACAUCUCGUGUAAAAAAUGUCAACACUAAUGGGGAGCCUUUCACAUUCAAAUUUGCCUAUCACACCUACUUCUCGGUCUCAAAUAUCCGUGCAACUCAGAUUGAAGGAUUGCAGACGUUGGAUUAUCUGGACUAUCUGGAGGACCACGAGCAAUUAACUGACGAGGCUGAUGCAAUCACAUUCGAAGACGAAUUGGACAGGGUAUAUCUGAACACUCCUGACGAUAUCUUUGUUACGGACCGUGAGCUUAGAAGAACUAUUACCAUUCAUAAAGAUGCUAGUCUUCCUGAAAUUGUUGUGUGGAAUCCAUGGGACAUUGAGGCAAGGGAUAUGGAUGAUUUAGGAGAUGAAGAGUAUAGGGAGUUUGUUUGUGUUGAGGCAGCUGCUAUGGAGAGUGAAAUCACGUUGAAUCCGAACGAAGAGUGGACCGGGACUCAGCGCCUUUCCGUCGAGGAAUAUAUUGAUUUGAUUUGAUGAAAUAUUCACUGCAGUUUGUUACUUUGCAGUUUCUUUGGCUACUAGUUUCUGAUUCUUGAGUUUAGCUUAUAUGUUGAUGUAUGUAUAGUCACUGGCGCGGAUUGUGUGUGAUCACAAAUUUACUUCGUCGAGGGUAUUUCGGUCAUAUCAUGUCCGAUUUUAAAUAAAAAAAGUUGAACUAAAUCGACAGAUUUGUGUCUUGUUUGUAUUGAGGUUGUUUGCAAAGAA